UACUCUAUUUAAGGUUACUUUACAGGAGCUGGGCAUAUAUCACAGCAGCAUAUACCUUCUUCAUGCCUACCCAGACAUAGAGAAAACACAUCUAUAUACAUCGUCGUCUUUACCUCUCUGCCCUUCCACUUCUUCUGUACUACUUGUAGAUGCGAUCCUGCAUUACUCGGAGAUUCCGGGAUGUAAUGCCUUGCCUCCUGGUAUACAGUCGGCAGAGGUUGUCGUAGUUGAUCUCCUCCAUGCACUAAAUGUCUUCACGAGUGAUGACUGACGACCGAAGAUAGGCAGGAUUACUACGUGUAGUUUUUGGCUACACUCUUUGGGUACGAAAUCAAGGGUCCUGCAUCAGUCAGAUUCUGGGCUUCUAAAUAGCUGGAUCAGCGGAAGAUCGGGAAGAAACAAGCUUACCAUGGAUAGCUUUGGUUGGGAGAAUCCAGCGGCCAUCAGAAGCGAGGUUUUCCUGUCGCCAAGUAGAUGCAGCAACCACUAUGGUGAUUUCACAGGCUCCAGCGAAGGCUACACCGCCUUCAACGAUAAGUUUGCACUCGACGAAGUUCUCCUCAGCUCAGGCUUAGAGCUCCAGGGGAUUCUGGACGCAUGCCAAGCAAGUUCGCAUCUUGGUGGACACAGUGAGACAGUGGGAAUCUCAACUCCCGCUUUGGGUUCGAUGAACAACAGUUUGGAUCUGGAUUUGUUGCAGUAUCAGGAAGCGAUAUUAAUGGCGGCAGCUGAUUCUGGUCUUAUGAGAUCAGUACUGGACACCACUUCCGGGGAUGCUUCUUGUUGUCAAGCAUAUGCUUCUUCUUCACUCACUGAUAGAACCGAUGUUUCCCAUCCAGUCACCGAGAACUUUGGAGCAUCUGAAGAAGAACGAGUCAUCAGCAACGUCCUCGAUGCUCAGGAUGGCAUCUCGACCAUCUUUUCUAGCUGCUGGAACGUGCAUGGUUUGAGUUGCAGUGGUAACAUUUCUUCUGGGGAUUCUGAGCGCCAUGGAUAUCUCUAUCACCAUCGAUCGCGCCAUGAAGAUGUGGCCUCACAGGGUUCCUCAAAGUCAGACGCUCGGCAAGUCGAAUCGCUUCAGGGAAGAAGGAGCACAAAGAGAAAAUUCGUGGAGUCCACGAGAGCAGAAAGCAACAAUAUCUGCAGCCUCCUCCUCGAACCAAAUUCUUCGACUAAGGAGGGAGGUCUUCAGAUCAGUUUCACAAGGGCGCAGAAGUCGAAGAAGCUGAGAUCAGAAAGGCACUCAGAGAGUUCGACCAUCGAAUUCGUUCGGGAAGGCAACUACGAGCCGGACGACGAGGCCAUCGCGCAAGUGAAGGAGAUGAUCUACAGGGCUGCGGCUUUAAGGCCGGUGAGUUUGGUGGCGGAGGGGGCAGUAGAGAAGGCGAAGAGGAAGAAUGUGAGGAUAUCGAGUGACCCACAGACGGUUGCUGCAAGGCAUAGGAGGGAAAGGAUCAGUGAGAGGCUAAGGGUGCUGCAAAGGCUGGUCCCAGGGGGCAGCAAAAUGGACACUGCAACGAUGCUCGAUGAGGCUGCCAACUACCUCAAGUUCCUCAAGUCGCAGGUCAAGGCUUUGGAAACCCUAGGUAACAGGUUCCAUCCGGUAAACAGCAGUAGCACCACAGCAUCCUUUCCACUGCCUCUCAACCGGGCUUUUCCCAUGCGGAACUCUCUCCUCCACCCAAAACCCUAACAUGCGUCAAAAAGGUGAGGCACCCCACACAUCAUAUUAUUGUCUUCAUCAUUAGCUUGGGGUUUAGGGCUCGUGAACUCAAUCCUGUUACUGGUUUAAACAUGCUUUCUUCCAACCAAAAGACUGAAAAUAAAGUUAAACCUUUUGAUCGAUCAAGUGAUAAGUGUGUUCCUGCCUUUUUUUUAUCUUGGUCACCUUUCCCAGCUUGCCAAGGUCUCUUUUCAUGCUUGUAAAGCAGCAGUCUUGUUCCAACAGCCAGUAAUAUCAUCAUCAUCCCUUCAUCAUUGGCUUUAAGUCGUAGCCUAAAGUCUCUCUUCUUUCAGUGGCCUUUCCCCAUGCAAACCCUAAAGCAAAUUAUCAUACAGUCAUGAGUGCUCCUUUUGUGUUUCUGGGGAACAUGGCGGUGAGCUUUAAUCCAGCGCUUUUGAUGCAGAAAGGGUUCAGGAAUCAUGACACCUAUGAUUAAGAGCCCAAGAGUACCUUGAUGUGAUCACCACUUCAAAUUGCAUUAUGCUGUAACUCUGUCUGAUCUGUCUUUUUUUCUUGGGUUGCUCAACCCUAUGCUUAGCUUUCUCCAUGAUCUCAACCCUUUUCUUUUAGUCGAAUUUUUGGAGCCCAGUGGCAGAGACAUUCCCUUUGGGCCUCUGACCAAGUGGCAGACGGGACUGUCCCCCUAAAUUCGAGCCAGGCGUGCCCUUGAGAAGGCCACCACAUUUUGGCAGGCACAUGGUGCAGAGAAAAAGGACAUGCCUUUCUACAGUAGUCACCCUCCUCCCAUCUCAACUGGCUGUCUUUCUCUUCCAUCCUCCUUGACAGAGGCACUUUGAUGUACGUAUGUCUAUUUGGAUAUGUAGUACUGUGUGUUAUGUGCCCCUUUCUUCUCCAGAGAACAUGUGUAGGUUUGGACACUGUUAUUUUGCUUGUCUCCAUCUCAAGGCGUCAAUUAUUUUGUCCUGUCUUCAUCAACGAUGAUUACGAUGAUGUCAGUUCAUCCUCAACCGCUGCUGCUUGCGAGUACAGUAGAAUAACUUGAAAUGAAUCACCUUAUUAGAGCAGAGAAGACAACAACGAGAACACGGAAGAACGCAGCCAUCGGGUGAGGCCAACUGUUGCCUACUGAUGAGGAAGUGACACUGGCAACCUCACGGCUCUCUCGGGACUUGGGA